AUGACCCGAGGUGAUCAUCGUAGAUCCGGAGGGCACGAUUAUCGUCGUCACACAUCUGGACAUAUACACUCAUCUGAUUCACAUCCACGUACAUUUAGCGGAGGUGCAACACAUAGUGAAGUUGGUGAAGGCGGUGUAGGCGGUCUUGUUGGUGAUAGUCACGGUGGUCAUUCAUUCGGUGGUCACGAACAAGGCGGAGUAAUGGAUGCUACAUUCAUAUGGAAAUUAACUAAGCUUGGAAGAAUUGGAUCAUCACGGCUACGAUUUGAUGAUGAUUUUGCUGAUAGACUUAACUAUCAGUAUACUGGGUAUUGA